AUGAACGCUCUUGAUCGGAUGAAACGAUUGGUUGGGUUGGAAGGGGGAAGUAGUCGACAACAGACUCCAGUGGCUUUGGGGACUUCCAGCGAGAACGGGCCUCCAGCGGUGAAGAUUACUAACCCGAUCGGGAAUGGCGCUAACUCCCUGGAACAACGCCAGCUCGUCGAGGAGACACCACUUGCGUUGGAUCUCGCCCUGACAACCUUUGAUUCUGACUUUAAUCCAUCUGAGUACCGAGAGCAUUGCGAUCGUCCCCUUCACUCCUCUUCUCAACCCAACCAGCCCCUCUACCAGCCUCUUCUCGACGAUCCCCCUGCGAUUGGCCACGACGCCGACCCUCUCUCCCUCUCUGACUCGUGCGCCGCCAUCAUCGAGGGCGCCGGCUCUUCCUCCUCUUCCAAGGCACCUUAUACACGUGGGCACCGCCGUCGUUCCACCCACGUUACUCGCCGUGACCUUGAGAAGUUUCAAAAGGAGGUCCUGGGCGUUGACAACCGCCCCGCCUGGUACGACGAGGAAAACGGCUCCUCGCUCCCCAUCAACCCUUACGAUCCCCAGCUUACGGAAUUGAAUCUCGCUUUUGAACGAGCCGAUAUGUCCAUGAACAGCGGUGCCGGUGGAAUGGCUGGCGGAAAUAAUCCAGGACCCAACAUGUAUUCCAAUUACGCGGAGAAUUCACCAACUCCCAACAUGGGUAGCAUGCAACGACAAUCACCCAACCCUGCAUAUCCUCACCCUGCUCCACAAGUUAAUGGUGCUAGUGCUGGUGCUGGUGGGAUGGGUGCUGCGAUGAAUGCCAGCAUGUCGAUGAAUGCGGGGCAUCAGAUGGAUUUGCAUCAUCUUUAUGAGAUGGUCAUGGAGCUGAGUGAGGUGCUGAAAAAUAACCGAGAGGUUACAAAGAGUAUUGUCACAAGUGCUGAAGAGAUUAUGAAACAUGGAAAUUCCGAGGAUGCAAGCGCCGUUAUGCGGCAGGUCAACGGCGAGAUCUCCGCUGCCCGUAUUUCAGAGCUCGAGCGUGCCCUUGCCAAGGAGAAGCGACUAGUCGAAGAUCUAAGACGUGAACAAGUGGAAAACACCAAAUUGAUCAGUGACUACGAAGCCAACGUAGGCACAAUGGUGGAACAAAUCCGCAAUUACUGCCAAAACAACAACAUGCAUUUCCUCUACCAAAAAUCACAUUACAAUAACCUCCUACAAGCAGAGCGAGAUGCACACCUCGAGAGCCGUCUCGACCGGGAUUACUGGCACACACAAACAAUGAAAUGCGCACAAAUGAUUCGCAAUGCACAUCAAAUCAGGUCAACUGAAGAGGAGCUCCCUGUCCGCAUCAUAUCUGGUCUACAAAAUGAAGUCCGGGCCUACCGCAACGCCUUGGGGAUGGAGCCUGAGAAACCAGAAGAGGAAUAUGGUUGGGAAAUUCUCAAGGAUGUUUCCAGUCUGGAAUGA